AUGCGCUACGUUUCCGCUUACUUGCUUGCUGUUUUAGGAGGAAAUGCGAACCCAAAGGUUGAUGACCUCAAAAGCAUUUUGAGUGCCGUAGGUGUCAACACCGACGCUGAAACCGCGAAACUUGUUGUCGAGCGACUUCAGGGAAAGAGCAUCGAAGAAUUGAUCAGCGAGGGAUCAUCUGGACUCGUUUCGGUCUCCGGAGGUGCUCCAGCUGCUGCUGCUGCUGCUCCAGCCGCCGGAAGCGCAGCCCCAGCUGCUGAAAGCAAGCCAGCUAAGAAGGAGGAGCCAAAGGAGGAAUCUGACGAUGACAUGGGCUUCGGACUCUUCGAUUAA